AUGGGCCGUAGUCGGGCGGUCGGGCCAUCAGGUGUGGGGGCGGAGGCGGUUUGGCUCCUGGGUGUGGGCGUCCGCCGAGUGGCCGGGGUGGUAUACACGGUGACGGCCGACGUUCUUGCGCGGUUAGAUGAGCUGGACGCCUCCAAGCCUGCAACCAAGCAGAUGCCUUGCCUAGUUCAGAUACAGCACCGAAUUUUCUCCAACGUCAUGUUUAAGUCCUCUACGCGCAGCUCCUCGCCUUCUCUUGACGACAUCAGGGGCAAGCUCUCGCAGUUCGAUCUCUACUACUACAACUACAAGUUCGAGAGAUCUAUCAGGGAGCUGUGCAGCAAUGUCAUGGACUACCCCAACAAGACCACUGCCAACUCCAGAUGCAUCGAUAAUAACCUCAGACAGGUUCUCUUCUCGGAUAUAAAUGCUGAUGAGAAACUGACUGUUAGAGUACGUCCUCUCUGA